GCCAUGGUGACCAUGGUACAUAGAGGUUUGAGGGGACGAUGUCAGAACUUGUGAGGCCCACCUCAUGCCAGCAGCUGCAGUACUAAGCACUUGCCCAAAGUGUUGUUUUGGGCCUGGCUAAAGGGACUUUUUAAAAAAAAACCUGAAGAAGGGGGUUUAGUUCUUUGUUUACACUUGAGGUAGUGCCAGGGGAAAGGGAGGGACCCCCUUUGCUUGGCUGCCUUCACAGAAGCUGCUUCUCCUGUUCCAGAGCGGACAGAUGCUUGUUCACAUUUUAGAAAGGGGGUGCCGGAGAUGGCAGGGUGGAUUCCCACCCACUGGCUUGCCUCCACAUAGCCUGAGUGCUUGCUUGCCCCCCAAUGGUCACUUUUUCUUUAAAAGGGUUGCUGGAAUCUCUGGGGCAUGCCUCACUCAGGACUGUUAGAAGUUGCCUUGUACCAGCUCCAGCCCUUGGUAUAUUUGGCUCAGUAUUGCCUACUUUGCUGUUUGGCUGUGGUUUUGCACUGAGGACAUUUCCAUCCCUUACCUGGAGAUGUCAGGGAAUGAACCCAAGACCUUCUGCACUCAAAGUAGAUGCCUGCCAUUGAGCUAUGGCCCUUCCCCAUUGGUUUGUCCUUCUUCCCUGUGAAAGUGCAUAUCUCAUCCCAGGCCAUCACUGCAACAUCAUAUCAUCAAAGUGGGAACAUGUCUGCCCAGGUGGUGAAGAAGAAGAGUCUUGGGAGUGUUAAGCGUCCACGGAAGUUCUUCCUGUGCUCUUUCAGGGCUCUGUCCAUGCCUGGCCGCCAGUACCAAGCCUUGCCUAGUGCCUUUCUUGGUGACUAUGAUGCCAGCACCCGCUACACCAGCACCAAGAAUACCAAGAUGCCUCAUUCAUCGGGUUCCCCAGAACAAGAAGGAUUCUUUAGUCUGCUGACCCAUGUACAAGGAGGGCGCAUGGAUGAGCAACGAUGCAACAUUCAGAUUGUUCACAACAAGAGCGGCUCAGACACUGAGAAGAAGAACAGCCCCAGCCCACCCCCAGAGAUGGACAACUUCAUGGAUAUGCUGGCGCAUACGCAGAGCCGGCGGAUGGACGAUCAGCGGGUCAGCUUCAACUACCUCCCAGGCUUCCAAAAUGCUGACCGUAAUGCCAGCAACAAACCGGCCUCUGGGGCCACCAAGAAAUGAGUACCUCCCCAGUCCUGAUCAGGGAAGGUGGCAGACAGACACCGACCUAAUGCCACCAAGCACAGCACUCCGCCACUCGCCCAAUAGCAACCCCUCACUGCAGUACCCGCCCUGCUCAUUCUCUGUACAUGCCCUGCCAGUCCAAUAAAGACUCAGAUGGUUU